AACGAAAUAUCUAAUAUUAUUGUGUGUGUGUGUGUGUUUACCGAUUGGUGGUCGUGGGACCUCGGUAGGUGCCGGCGUGCCGCAUAUGUCCAUACCCAUAGGUUGACAACUUCCCGGGACAUGCAUAAAUUCGUAUCUAUAAUUAUAUGUUUAUAUAUAUAUAUAUAUGUUUGUAUAUAUACACACAGUCACGCACAUGUUUUGGCCUCUGAAAUCAACCAACCCAUUUUAUAAUUUAUUAGGUAUUAAAUAAACAAUAAAAACCCGAAAUUUUCUACCAUAUAUAGAGCAAGCAAAGUCGGAAGGUUUCAGUUUAGCGUUGAAUCUCUCUCUCUCUCUCUCUCUCCAAGCCUGCUUGCCUCUCAAUCAACGGUGAUAAGAAAUGGCACGUAAGAAGAUCAGAGAGUAUGAUUCCAAGAGGUUGUUGAAGGAGCACUACAAGAGACUCUCUGGUAAUGAAUUGGCCAUCAAAUCUGCACAAGUUAUUGAGUCAACCGAUUUCAAUGCACUGGUAGAAAAGGAGCCAUGGCUCUCAUCAGGGAAACUGGUUGUGAAACCCGAUAUGUUGUUUGGGAAACGUGGGAAGAGUGGUCUGGUUGCCUUAAAUUUAGAUUUGGCUCAAGUUGCUGGUUUUGUGAAGGAGCGACUUGGCAAAGAGGUAGAGAUGGGGGGAUGCAAAGGACCAAUAACAACAUUCAUUGUAGAACCCUUCAUCCCACACAAUGAAGAGUUUUAUCUUAAUAUUGUUUCAGAUCGUCUUGGGUGUAGCAUAAGCUUUUCUGAGUGUGGAGGGAUUGAUAUUGAAGAGAACUGGGACAAGGUCAAGACAAUAUUUGUCCCAACAGGGAUUUCCUUUACGUCAGAGAUAUGUGCUCCACUUGUUGCAACCCUUCCCUUGGAGUUCAAAGGUGUGAUUGAGGAGUUCAUUAAAGUGAUUUUUGUUCUAUUUUUAGAUCUGGACUUCACUUUCCUAGAGAUGAAUCCUUUUACAUUGGUUGAUGGAAAGCCUUAUCCUUUGGAUAUGAGAGGCGAACUUGAUGACACUGCCGCUUUCAAGAACUUCAAGAAGUGGGGCAAUAUUGAAUUCCCAAUGCCGUUUGGAAGAGUUAUGAGUGCUACAGAAAGCUUUAUCCAUGGGCUAGAUGAGAAGACCAGUGCGUCUUUGAAAUUCACAGUUUUGAACCCGAAGGGACGAAUUUGGACUAUGGUAGCAGGAGGAGGUGCUAGUGUGAUCUAUGCAGAUACGGUUGGAGAUCUUGGCUAUGCUUCUGAGCUUGGAAACUAUGCCGAAUAUAGUGGAGCACCCAAUGAAGAGGAGGUCUUGCAGUACGCCAGAGUCGUAAUUGAUUGUGCGACUGCAGAUCCUGAUGGUCGUAAGAGAGCCCUUGUAAUAGGAGGCGGGAUUGCCAACUUUACUGAUGUUGCUGCUACAUUUAAUGGCAUUAUUAGAGCAUUGAAGGAGAAGGAAUCGAAGCUUAAAGCUGCAAGGAUGCACCUAUAUGUAAGGAGAGGAGGUCCGAAUUACCAAAGAGGUCUCGCGAAAAUGCGGACACUUGGGGAGGAAAUUGGCAUUCCUAUUGAGGUUUAUGGACCCGAGGCGACGAUGACUGGCAUCUGCAAGCAGGCGAUUGAAUGCAUUACCGCAGCUGCAUAAAUCUAUCAACUCUCCAUAUCAAUUUCCAUUCUGUUUCCAUGGAAAAUUUCAUGUGUUCAAUUAAGUGUUAGUUAUUGUACCCUGAAAAUGAGUUGGGACGUUUCAUUGUAUUUUUUUACUUUAUUAUAAAUGGGACAUCCAUAAUUUUCACUGGGAAUGAAAUUAGUAUUCUGAUA